ACGCGAGCGCGCCUGGUUCCACCUGGCCCAAUCACGAACAAGGAAGCUCACAACACUGGAGCCGCCUGCUGCUGGUGCUGCUGCUGCUGACUGUAUCCCCCGCUGCAGCUCGACCAGGACGUCGGCAGCAGCUCACCUGACCGACUGAUAACCUAAAACUCGCAGAUUUUCUCCUCUGAAAAGUAUCUACCACUAACUCCAACGGGGUCGGAGCGCGUGACGUGUCCCGACGAAGCCUCUCAUCCCUCCGCUCCAUGGCCAUCGCCGACCUCUGCCCUCUGCCCCCGGGAGGUAACCUUCAAAGGCUCUGCUCAGCACGAUGGCUGACCAGCUGAGUGAUGGAGACGGACAGAAUCAAAGGACAUGCUCCCUUCAUUAUGACUAAAUGAAGGGACACCUAACUUCCUCUUCAGUUAGGGAACGUGUACUGCAGCAUUUGGAUGAUCUUCAGCAUCAGUCGAUCACUUAAAGACAGAAAAUUAGCUCUUUGGAAAUCAUUUUGAAAAGGAGUAAACACUGAUCAUUCAAAGAAGUUUUGGCUCCACUAUCUCUCUGAUUAGGGCUCAUAUGCUGGCUGUUAUUCCCUGUGAGGCUUGUUAUGAGUUUUCCAUCCCCACCCAAUGAGCCAGAGAGCUGCAGCAGCGAGGAAAGCAGCUGCACCACCUCCUCCAUCACCACCUCCGACCCGUCCUCUAUGUCCGCUCACACUCACGCCAACAUACCUUCCCUCAGCGAUGACCCCGACACCUCCGGCCACAAAGCUCCCCCGCCCCCUCCCCUGCCGCCCCCACCUCCUCCAGACGCACCUCCGCCCCCUCCACCUCCGGCGACUACAUCCACAAACCAGAACACGAGGAAGAAGCGGCGCGUCCGCAGCUUCUUCUGGAAGCCGAUCCCAGAGGAGAGGGUGCGCGAGAAGCCCAACAUCUGGACUCUGGCGGUGCGGCAGCAGCAGUACCAGAUCGAUGUCCAGUCUGUGGAGGAGCUGUUCGGGCAGCAGGAGGAGGCGCAGACAGGCGUACGUGGGCCAACGCUGGCUAGAGGGUCCUCAGCCAGAGUCUCCAGGACCCGCUCCUAUAAGGAGAGCAUCAAGGAGGACGUCAGCAUCCUGGACUCCAAGAGAGGGAUGAAUGUUGGAAUUUUCCUGAAACAGUUCAAGAAGUCCAACAGCUCCAUUGUUGAGGACAUACGACAAGGAGAAGGAAAGAUUUACGGAGCAGAGCUACUCAAAGACCUGCUGAGGCUUCUGCCUGACGCUGAAGAGAUCAAGAAGCUUCAGUCGUUUAAAGGAGACCCAGACAAGCUGACACUGGUCGAUUCCUUUAUGUUCCUGAUGAUCCAGGUGCCUCGGUUUGAGAUUCGGAUUGAGGCCAUGGUGUUGCGUGAAGAGUUCUUCCCUUCCUGUAAUGUAAUGAGCAACGAGAUUGAUGUGGUCCGCGCCGCCACUAAAGAUCUGAUGAGCUGUGAAGAGCUUCAUGCUAUUCUGCAUCUGGUGUUGCAGGCUGGAAACAUUCUGAAUGCUGGUGGCUAUGCGGGCAACGCGGCAGGUUUCAAGCUGUCAUCUCUCCUGUCGUUGGCGGACACCAAGGCGAACAAACCCGGGAUGAACCUGCUGCACUUUGUCGCCAUGGAGGCAAAGAAGAAAGAUGAAAAUCUGAUCAAGUUUCCAGAGAGACUUCACAAUGUCCAAAGUGCAGCCAGGGUUUCAGUGGAAAACAUCGAGGUGGAGUUUUCCUCUUUAUAUGUGCGGAUCAAAUCUCUGGAGGAGAAGAUUCAAGGAGACCAGGAGCUACUGCAGCAGCUGGAGCCCUUUCUGCAGAGUUCAACCCAGAGGCUGCAGGACUUGAAGAGACGCAGACUGGACCUGCGUAAAGAGGGGAACACUCUCAUCGAUUUCUUUUGUGAAGACAAGGACACCUUUAAGCUGGACGAGGGCUUCCGCAUCUUUCAAGACUUCUGCAUCAAGUUCAAGAAAGCUGUUAAGGACAACCUGGAUCGUGAGCUAAAGGAAGCAGCCAGAGAGCGUCGUCUGAGGGAGUUGGAGGAAAAGCGCUUUGCGUGGUCGGGUGCAGAUCAGAGUGGAAACUUUGGUCGGAGCAGCAGCGAGAACGACGUGGAGAUGCUCACCAAGGAAGGCCUGCUUGACUUCUUCCAGCAGAGGUCUCAGAGCCCACACAGCCCGAUGGGACGCUCUGCCAGCGCCCGCCGCCAUCGUCACACCAUGACCUCCAUAGCAGACAGAGAACUCAAAGGAUACCUGGAGAUAUUUGGAGGCUCCGGGAAUCCCUCUGACUACUCCAAGUUUAACAGCCUACCUCGGACAGGCCGUGCAAUCCAGCGAAGGACGAUCCCGUGGAUCUUAGCCCAGGAUGACAACCGAGAGCUGGACCGUGACAGAACGGUGACAUCUCCACAUGCGGAAACUGAGCCUAUCAGCCCACUGGCAAGGUUUUCUUCCCCUAGUCCAAAUGACAAUGAUCCAUACAACAUCAACAACAAUAAAUACUCUUCGUUGUCUGAGGGCAGCGCUGUGCCUCGCCCAUUUUGUGUCUUUCAGAAGUCUGUCAAUCUUCUCAACCCAGCAAUCAGCAGCCACAUGAACAUUAAUGUGGAGAAGCACACUUUGGUUCCAGGUCCUCAAGCUUUUGACCUACCAAGUCCAAACAAUAACAGUAACCAUAUGCUCUUUGUGAACCAGGGAGAUGUUGUGGUGACAGAUCUAGAAAAGGAGCAGACUGACAUCCUUGUAAGCAACAAAGUUUUGGAAAGAGGAGCAGAUCCCAGGGCAGCCUGGGAAGGGAAACUAGAUCUUACGCCGCAUGUUGGUGUCUAUCCUGAGAGAGAAAGAGAAGAAGAAGACAACAGUACAUUGUCAUCAACAACCUGUGAUACCCCCCUGCCUCUAGAUACUGCAUCCAAUAAGAAACCAGUGUUUUAUAUCCUCGACUGCACAGAAACAGACUGCUCCGUCACGUUUGAUUACUCCGAGGCUGACAGCUCAUCUCUCAUGAAAGAGGGACUUCAUUUCAGGAGCAGAGAUCAAGAGAGUCAGCAGGAUCCAAGCUCCCUAUCCUCUAAUCUGGACUCUAUGUCUCCCAACGAACAGUCGGUUUCAACCAACGAGUUCUCAGAGCCCAAAUUUGUGGAUGCAGCAUCCAUGACUCAGUCAGCUACAACAGAAGAGUGGGACACAGAGAGCUGUGACACCGCUGAGGGAAAACCAGGUGCAGAGAAAGAUCUGCAAAGAAGCAGCAGGAAACCCGUCCAUGCGAAGAGUAAAGCUAGCAAAGCAACAAAGUCAAGUGGAAGUCGAGGUGUUCGAACGCUCACCAGCACCGAGAACCAAAGCAUGAGAAAAGUUCUGCCCAUCUCGAAGAUAGUGAGGACAGCAAGCGUCAAGAGAACUGAGAGAACUUCAACGCAUGACAGCGGAGAGUUACGCCGUCCUCUUCGGGACCAGAGCACACCACCAAGAGGAAGGAGCGAGAAGACCACAAGACCUCUUCGACACUCCAGUCUACCUCCUGACGAGUCAAAGGCUCAGAGGGGAGGUGGCUUUGCAUGCACCCUUUCAAGAUGGGCUCACGAUGCAACUCAAAAAAAGCCUUCUGUCCACAAGCCAAGUACCAAACCUGUGAGGAACGUCCCCAAGCCUCCACCUGAGGAGAAGAUGUGCCGCUCCACCAUGAGGGCCUUAGCUCAGGCUCAAGCUCAGGCUCAGGCUCAGGCUGGGGCUCAGGCUGGGGCUUCCUCUGAGAACAGCAGCUCUAACACAGUCAGUGCAAGAAACACCUCUGAUGUCCCCAGUUUCGCACGGAACACCGUAGCUUCAACUACCAGGACAAAGAAGGAGCUGGGCCCCCCUCCUCUCCCCGCCACCCCUCCUGUCACUUCCUUAGUUCCCGGUCGGCAAACCUCGGUGAAACAGACAAGGUUCUCGCCAACAGUUCCUAAUAGUGAGGAUCGCCCACAAGGGACAAGCCUACGACGGGUCCAAAGUGUGAAAGUAUCUAGGAGCAGCGCUUUAGUCAGCGAGACUCCCCCACCCGUUCAAGUUCGUGAAGAUAUCCGAAAGACCAACGGCGCCUCAGAAAAGGCCGCCCAGGCUAGAGAUUCUGUGACGCCUAGCAGGAGUGGUAAACCAAGCUGGAAAUGAAACAAACCAGGUGGACACUGACUUUAAAAAGACUGAAAGAUAGAAAGACUUUCUCCCUUUGAUUGAUGUACAGUGAUAUUUGCUCUUCUAUCCCAUCAAAGUGCACACUUAUACUUUCAUAUCAUGCAAAAGACAAGAAUCUGAAAAGAAAACUUGAAGCUCUCUCGCCCUGUGAGGUCCCUCUGUAGCUGACUCGUAUCAGGUUUAUGAAUUGCAAAGAGCAAAAAUGCAAUGAAGUGCCCCGUGUGCGAAAAAGAAACUCCUGUCACUCUUUGUUUGGUGUCUAAGGCGGUCGGGAACCUUAGCUAAACUGACAAACGGCAAAUUACCUUUUCCUUGCCUGCUUAGCUGUCUACGUACUGCACAUGCUAGUGUCUGUGAUUGAUGUCAAUGUCAAACACUACUGACUAUACAAUGCUGCUAAAUAGCUCUGACAAUGAGAGACAGAGUUUCGGUGUCUGUUUCAUUCAGGGUUACACAUGUUUUCAUACCUUUACUUGCUGCUGUUAUUGUUUGUUUCCAGGCAGUCUGAUGUAGAUUACUGCUCUGCUGAUUUGCUUUCUUUGAUUUGUACCUCAGAAAGAUCGCAGUGGCCUUGUACCAGCAGAAUAAUGUAGAAUACGAUCAUACGGCUCUGCAUGAAUCUGAUGACCUGGUCUAAACUGCAAUGUCACUUUUUACAGAUCCCUCAUGUUAAUAUUACUACAAUGUAUAAAGUCACAGAUUUAAGCCAGUGUAAACGAACUGUGGUACGAGUUGUACCUUGUGUUUGUAUGUGUCUGUAGUUUGUUAAUGUGUUAGAACUCCUCCAUAUUAUCAUGGAGCAGACAUGCACGUAGGAAAUGUUUCCUGUAUACUAUAGGCUAACACACGAUCAACACCAAUGCUCUGAAAGAAAAGCAUUGAAAGCACCUGAAACCACACAGAAAUGAUCAUGAGUCAUUUAUCAGUUUGACAUGAUUCUGCUACUGGGAAUGUAGUUAGCUCAUGUUUUUCUAUAGGCCUGCACCUCCUUUGACUUUCAGGACUCGCCCAAACUGGUCAUAAAUGAGCCUCGCAACA